AUGUUCGAAGAACUCAUGGAAAGUGCGAUGUGUUGCUUCAACAAAAUAGCACCUGAUAAAGGUGGUGGUAUUAAAGUGAUGAAGCCCUCAUUCGAGCAAAACACAUCGAAUCAGAUUUUGAGACUUGAACCUAAUGCUUUGGACAAGAUUCAUUUGGAGGAUGCAUUCCCACAGUUUGUUGCCGAACUGGAUUUGAGUCCUGAAAAGCAAAAAAGUCUGUAUGAGCAACCAAUCGAGAAGAAAUGGCUUUUGCUCACCGAGCAAAGUAUUAUUCGGAACAAGUUUGAACUUGGUGGUUUGAAGUCAUGCGCUGAAUUCAUGAAUAUCUUGAGCGAUCAAGAAAAGAGUUUUACAGAGACCGAAGAGGUGCUAAGCAAUCUUGAAUCACUCUCUGUUGCACUUCGUACUCAAUCAAACAGUUUCGUUGAGAAAUUCAUCACAUUCGGUGGUAUCGCAAGUUUGAGAAAUAUUUUGAACGAUUGUCGUCGACUGUCGGGUCGAGAUUUCUAUGCGGCAGCUGUCCUAUCAUCGUUUAGAGCACUCCUCAAUUCGACG